CACAAGUCUUUCUAUCGAUGGGAAAAGGAGACUCUAGGCCAUCCGAAAAAGCGGCGACCUUCUUUCUAAGUCCUGUUAAAAUGCUGGUACCUGAGCUGAUUGAGCGCAUGCGCGAACGUAGGUGGUGUGAAUCAAAGCUGCUUGACUUACAUACAGCUUUGGUGUGAAUAGCCGCACCGUCCGUGCGAUUAGUCAAUGCGGAUUUUAACACCGUUAUACGAAAUGGCGGCAAACCUGCUUAGCUAACUCUUCAAUCAGAUAAAGCAUAUCUCCAUCCAAUGACAGCGUUGUGUCGCUAUCUGUUAAUCUUUUUUUCGUAACGAUUCUUAAUUCCUUUCUUUGUAUCUGUUGUAAUUCUUGUAAUUUUUCAGCUUGCUAAUUAAUUAAGAAAAUAAACUGUAACUGUAGUAGUAAAAAGUCGUGCUAAAAUUGAAACAUGAAAUUUGUUGAAAGUGUAAAUAAUAAUAUCGGGCGAAUCGGAGUGUUAUCAGAAUUUCCAAAGCCAUGGAGCUCGGAAACUUUCAAGACUCCCAUGCUUUAUGCGUUCACACGAGCAGGUACUGUACCACAUUUGACAUUUAACACUUUGAAAAGAUUGGAAAUCCAGAAUAUGUUUGUAUUGCAAACUUUACCCACAACUGUAGAAUUUAAAGAUGCAGUUGGAACUCAAGGUAAGGGUCUAAGUGCAUUUAUAGGACUUCCUGAGUAUCCAUUUCAUCUAUCAGUUCAAGAUCCAGGAACUAUAACUCCACACGGUUACAAUGUUAGAAAUGGUGUUUCUGUUUGGUGCCAUGGUGGGAAAAAAAUGUUAUCAGUUGUAGAAUACAUGAAGAUCGUUAAAGAAUUUCGACCAGCGUCCUACCAAGCUUUGUGUGACAGUGACACUCCUGAAAACUGCUCAAAGAAACGUUUGAAUAAAUCUGUCGAUCAUUCUUUAAUAUUUUUAGAUGAAUGUUUAAAAGAGCAUGCUAAUUGUGAAGAAUUAAAAAAUACUGCUAUUUUUGGUACUAUUCAAGGAGGUUAUGAUAUGUUUUUUCGGAAAAAAUCGGCUCGAGAAACAUCAUUAAGAUCAGUUGAUGGGUUUGUUAUAGAUGGUUUUCAUAUAAAUGGGCCAGAUGUUCAAAAUAUUGACUUUUCCAAAAUAAAACCUAUCCUUCAAGAAAUUGUGAGCAUACUGCCAAAGGAUAAACCCAGAAUAUUACAUGGUACAUUUGGACCUGAAGCUAUGCUAGAAGCUGUUAAGUGUGGAAUUGACAUAUUUGAUUCAUCGUAUUCUUUUGUAUUAACUGAAGCAGGAGAAGCAUCAGUAUAUCCUUUGACAAUAAUUGAUGAAUAUUACAAAGAAGAGACAAACUAUUUUAUCUCAAAAAGACCAAAAUGUUCUUCAAAAAUUUGCUUGAAAGAAGAUAGCUAUAAAAGUGAUUUUUUCCCUAUUUUAAAAAGUUGUGAGUGUUACACAUGUUUGCAUUACACUCGUGCAUAUAUACAUCAUCUUCUGGUUACUUCAGAACUUUUAGCCCAGAUUCUUUUAAUGAUACAUAAUCAAUACCAUUUAUCUGAAUUUUUUAAAUUGGUAAGAAACACUAUUAAAAAUAAGAAAAUAUAAAUGUUUUGAGUGUGUAAUAAAAUAUUUUUUUAAUCCUUUAUGAAAUGAGACAAAAUAUUUUUAAUUACUUUUAAAAAUAUAAGAGUUUCUUAAAUUUUUAGAAGCUUUAAGAAACUCUUAAAUAAAUAAAUUACUUUAAUUUUGUAUUUUUUAAAAGUUCCAUAAUGAUCAUGAUUAUUAAAAGAUGGACACGUUAUGCCCCACUGUCAAGAAAAAUGAUCUGUAUUUACACAAAAUAAACACCUGUAUAAUAUUAUCUAUGUAUGUCAAUAUUAGAUAUUCAUUUUAGAACAUUUAAUUAAAUGUUUUUAAAUACAUACUGAUCAUUUAAAUAUACUAUUUUUAAUUUAUAAGUAUAAAACAGUUUUAAAUUUUUUUAAAAAAAUUAAAAGUUGUAUUUCAUUUUUAUUGAACUUCAAUAAAUUUACUAGCUAUAAAUUAAUGCUGUAAUUUUAAAAACAUGAAAUAUUGGGAGCCAAAAAGAGCGAGAUUCAAAAUUAAAGAAUCUUAUAUAUAUUCAAAUUAACUUAAAACAUCAUUAAAUAAUUUAAAUAUAUAUUGGCAUCUAAAAUUAUCUUCAUAUGCUCAAAAACACUGAUUUCUCAAAAGUAGUUGAUUAAAAGUUAAUGAAUAUGUUUGAGGUAAUAUCUAAUAUUAUAACAAACUGAAGACUUGGAUGUAGUUACAAAUGAAAUAAACAAAACUACUGAA